CGCUUCAGGCAGUUCCAGUACAGAGAAGCAGCUGGGCCUCAUGAAGCCUUCAAUAAACUCUGGGAGCUUUGCUGUCAAUGGCUCAAGCCAAAGAUGCGUUCUAAGGAACAAAUCCUGGAGCUGCUAGUGUUAGAGCAGUUCCUCACUAUUCUGCCCACAGAGAUAGAGACCUGGGUGAGAGAACACUGUCCGGAGAACAGAGAAAGAGUCGUGGCACUCAUAGAAGACUUACAGAGAGAACUGGAGAUACCAGAACAGCAGGUCGACAUGCAUGACAUGCUCUUGGAAGAACUUGCACCAGCGGGCACGGCACACAUACCACCAGACAUCCACCUGGAAUCACCUGCACUCCAGGUGACAGGACCUGCCCAGGAGGCCCCAGUGGCAGAGGCGUGGAUCCCACAGGCAGGGCCACAGGAGCUGCACUAUGGGGCUGCUGGGGAAUGCCAGCCUUUUCUGGACCCUGGAUUUCCAUUACCAAAGCUUGAUGUGAACUUCCCAUUGGAACAUAGAGAAGAGCCAUGGGUGAAGGAAUUGCAGGACUCCAAAGAAAUGAAACAAUUACUUGAUUCCAAAAUCGGUUUUGAGAUUGGGAUAGAAAAUGAAGAAGAUACUUCAAAACAGAAAAAACUGGAGAAUAUGUAUCCAUUUAUUGUAACUUUAGAGGGGAAUGCUCUCCAUGGUCCUAUUUUGCAAAAAGACUAUGUACCAUUAGAAAAUCAAUGGGAAAACCCCCCAGAGGAUUUACAGACAGAUUUAACAAAAAUUGUAGAUCCUCAGAAUCCUGCUCUAGGAGAGACACCUGAGAACUCCAAUUUAGAAGAACCUCUCAACCCUAGACCCCUUAAGAAAAAAAAUCCAGGAGAGAAACCUCAUAGAUGUCCUCAGUGUGGGAAAUGUUUUGCUCGGAAGUCACAACUUACUGGACACCAGAGAAUUCAUUCUGGAGAGGAGCCUCACAAAUGCCCUGAAUGUGGAAAAAGAUUUCUUCGUAGUUCAGACCUUUAUAGACACCAACGACUUCAUACAGGGGAGCGGCCCUAUGAAUGCACUGUAUGUAAAAAGCGAUUCACUCGGCGGUCACACCUUAUAGGGCACCAGAGAACCCAUUCUGAAGAAGAAACAUAUAAAUGCCUUGAGUGUGGAAAAAGUUUUUGUCAUGGAUCAAGUCUUAAAAGACAUCUGAAAACUCAUACAGGAGAAAAACCUCACAGAUGUCAUAAUUGUGGGAAAAGUUUUAGUCGAUAUACAGCUCUUACUUUACACCAGAGAACGCAUACUGAAGAGAGACCUUUUAAAUGUAAUUACUGUGGGAAAAGCUUUAGACAGAGACCAAGCCUUGUUAUUCAUUUAAGAAUUCAUACAGGGGAGAAGCCAUACAAGUGUAGUCAUUGUUCUAAAAGCUUUAGACAGAGAGCAGGUCUUAUUAUGCACCAAGUCACUCACUUUAGAGGACUGCUUUAAGAAUCAUUAAGGGAAACCAGUCCUACAUAUAUGGACACUAACAAAAAAACAACCUGCAGCAGCCUGUUUGUCUUAGACUCUUGUUUGAGCUUGUAAGAACAGUUUUUCUAUUUUUAAAAUCCACUUUUGAGGUAUAUUAGUCCUAGAGUUAUCAACCUAUGCUUGCAACUUUUCUAAAUUUGAUUUAUUCUUUCUCCACAAUUCUUCUAAUUUUAUUGCAAUAAAAAGUUUUGUGUUCCAAGGCAACCAUAUUAUAGGUGUAAGCAUAAAACAAAAUUGAUGACAAUCCUUUAUGAGUAGCAUUGAUAUAAUGAAUAAUCUAUUUGUUCAUCUGACAUAUCUAUUAUAGCAGUACCAUAAUUAUUCUGCUGUAUCAUUAUUAAAGUUUUUAUUAUUUUUUUAGAUGUUUGCCAUAGUGUGUGUGCACUCUCUGGAGAGACAGAG